AAAAGGCUCGUUAGCCAGUUUCUAUUCUUCUGCGCCUCCAUUUUUCCGUUUUCUGUUCUCAAUUCCUACACUACAUAUCUAAAAUGAAGUACUCUACCGUUUCCGCCACUGCCUUAUUGGUUGCCGUUGCCGCUGUCCAAGCCGACGAAACCCCAAAUGUCUGUUACAUCACCGCUUUGGUCAACGAUAUUAAGGCAAACCUCAACGAAUACUUGCCUUUCGCUGCCAGUAUUCCAACAGGUUUGUUGAACUUGGCUUUGGCGGCCCAGACCUACACCGACGAUUCUUACACCACCUUGCUCACCCCAGGCUUCCCAUACGCUUCCGUUGAAAACAUCGUCACUGGUCUUCCUUUCUACUCCAGCAGAUUGUCCGCCGAAGUCAACUCCGCCCAGUCUAAUUGUCCAGGUGCCGCUGGUGGCUCUGGUUCCGCCACUGCCUCUGACUCCGCUACUGCCUCUGGCUCUGCCGCUGCCGCUUCCGGUUCCUCUGCUGCUUCCUCCGCUGCUGCUUCUGGUUCCGCUGCUGCUUCCUCCGCUGCUGCUUCUGGUUCCGCUGCUGCUUCCUCCGCUGCUGCUUCUGGUUCCGCUGCUGCUUCCUCCGCCGCCGCUUCUGGUUCCGCUGCUGCUUCCUCCGCCGCCGCUUCUGCUUCCUCUGUCUCUUCCUCCGCCGCCGCUUCUGCUGCUUCUGCUGGUUCCGGCUCUGCUAGCAGCGCUGCGUCUUCUAAGGCGUCCUCUGCUGCUUCCGCUGCGUCUUCUAAGGCGUCCUCUGCUGCUUCCGGUGCUUCUUCUAAGGCGUCCUCUGCUGCUUCCGCUGCUUCUUCUAAGGCAUCCUCUGCUGCUUCUGGUGCUUCUUCCGCGGUUUCCUCUGCCACCUCUAAGGCCGGUGCCAACAUGGUUGGCGCUGGUUCUGCCGCUUUCGCCGGUUUGGCCGGUUUGUUGUUGUUGUAAGGGCUUUUCUCUUUAACCGCAUUCCGGGUUUGAUACCCCUUUAAUGUAUAAAACUGAUACAUGUAUCUUUCUAAUUUAAUAAUUUAACUAGGUUCAGUGCGUAGAGUGGGUGAAUAGUUUUCGAUACCCCAGCAGCGCC